GCAGCGAAUGACAAAUAAUGGAUCUGCAUUUAAAAAAUAUUAUUUUAUCUUUUGUUUGCAUACAGGUUUUUUUACCUGUUUUGGGAGCAACUUAUCUUCCCCGGCCAUAUUUACCAAGUGGGGGGUUAGUUCAGUUUGACGGCUAUUACGGACAGCCACAGUCAACCGAUAUAAUAAAUUCUUCAGGUUUGGGGAAAGAUGGUUAUGGUAUGCAAGAUGUAGGAGCACCCAGCUUUUAUGGAGCCGAUUCUUCCAGUUUAGUUCUCACUUUACUGCAACCGAUUUUCUAUAUAAAAUCCCUUAUUGCAAAAUUUAUUGGUCACUUUAUUAAACCCUUAAAGAUUCUCAAGUAUCUAAUACUUAGAGCGACGUAUUAGGAAUCCUAGCAGGAGUUUAGAAAGCAAGAAAGAAGCCUAACAUUUUUUAUUUUAUGAUUUAAUUAAAUCUUGUAACUUUUCUUUUGUAGUUUUAAUUUCUAAAUGCAAUCGUCUAAUAUUAAAAGAAACUCCUUGUUUGUUGUUGCAUUUUGUAAAUUAUCUUUACAUCUGUAAUAAAAAAUAAAGCAUUGUAGCAUU